UCCCGUCGCCUGCUGUCGGUCAGGGCGGCAAGGCUAGGAGACUGUCUUUCACUGAGACCCCUGUAAAUAUGAGACAACCUGAACUGUUGACAUUAUCUCUCCUCAGAACCAGUAACCGCGCGGACUAAUGGGGCUUGUACUGCUGAGCCUAAUUCUCCGGUAUUGGAUCAACAACGUGGAGGGAUCAUGCUCAUUAGGCAGCGCUAUGAGCUGUGACGAGUGUCUCCAGCUCAGUCCACACUGUGCCUGGUGCACACAGGAGAAUUUCACAGACUGGUUUUCCAUUAGUGAGAGAUGUGACACGCCGGACAGCCUACAGGAGAAGGGAUGUGCCAAGGCCUGGCUGGAGUUCCCUGUUUCAAACAGCCAAAUCCUCCAGGAUCUCCCUCUUGGGAGGAAGACAAGCAAAUCGAACAGCACCCAGAUCUCCCCUCAGAAAAUGGCCCUCAAGCUACGGCCUGGCAGUCAGAUGACCAUCCAAGUCAAAGUUCAACAGACAGAGGACUAUCCUGUGGACAUCUACUACCUGAUGGACCUUUCAGCGUCCAUGGUUGAUGAUUUGGAGAUGAUCAAGGACUUGGGCUCAACUCUGUCUAAAGAGAUGGCCAAACUCACCAGCAAGUUCCGCCUGGGAUUUGGCUCUUUUGUGGAGAAACCCACCCUGCCUUACAUCAGGAUCACAGAAGAAGAGCUGGCCAACCCUUGCAGGAGUGUAGAUAAUACCUGUUUGCCGACUUUUGGGUACAAACAUGUCCUGUCACUGACGAGCAGCACUGACAAGUUCAACCAGAAAAUUCGUGAUCAGUGGGUAUCCGCCAAUAAUGAUGAUCCAGAGUGCGGCUUUGACGCCAUCAUGCAAGCAGCCGUUUGUGGGGACAAGAUCGGCUGGAGGAAUGAUUCAAUGCGUUUGCUGGUGUUUGUCAGCGAUAAUGACUCACACUUUGGGAUGGACAGUAAGCUGGCUGGCAUUGUGAUUCCUAAUGAUGGGCAGUGCCAUCUGGACAUUAACAAUGAAUACUCCAUGUCAACAAUGCUGGAGUACCCAACUCUUGGCCAGCUGUCUGAUAAGCUGGCGGAAAACAACAUCUUACUUAUCUUUGCUGUGACAGAAAGGCAGAAGCACACUUAUAAGAACUAUGCAAAUCUCAUACCUGGCGCCACUGUUGGAGUCCUGGCGACGGAUUCGCGGAACAUCCUGGAGCUGAUUGUAACAGCAUACAAAGAACUACGUUCAGAAAUUGAGCUGGAGGUUCUUGGAGACACGGAGGACCUCCACAUGUCCUUCACAGCCAUCUGCCCUAAUGGGACUGUCCUCCCUGGUCUAAAACGCUGCUCCAACAUCAAAACUGGAGACACGGUGGUAUUCAACGUAUCUGUGGAGGUGGCAGAGUGCUUGCAAGGUCCACGACAUUUCUUCCUCAAGCCAGUGGGUCUGCAGGACACUCUGCAGGUUGAGAUGGAGUCCCAGUGCUCCUGUGCCUGCCGGCGCUCCUCCGAGGCCAACAGCAGCCUCUGCACCCAGGGCCAAGGGACUCUGCAGUGUGGUGUGUGCGUGUGUCAGCCAGGGUACAUGGGACCCCAGUGUGAAUGCAGUGAGGAAGACGCCCUGAUCAGCAACUGCAAUGCCGCCGACGAGGAUGAGUUGUGCAGCGGUCAGGGGGAGUGCUACUGCGGGAAGUGUGUGUGUGACACAUCCAGCUUUGGACGCGUCUAUGGACCGCACUGCGAGUGCAAUGAUUACUCCUGUGUUCGCUUCCGUGGGGAGCUCUGUGGAGGCCAUGGACAGUGUGACUGCGGGGAGUGUGUAUGUCAUAGUGGCUGGACAGGGGAGUAUUGCAACUGCAGCACCAGCACCGAGGCGUGUACAUCGGAGGAUGGAGUCGUCUGCAGCGGCCGGGGGAAGUGCGAGUGCGGCCAGUGUGUGUGCUCUGUAUCUGGAGCUUCUGGGGACCAGUGUGAGAAGUGCCCAACAUGUGGGGAUGCCUGCAGCUCUGCAAGGUCUUGUGUGGAGUGCCACCUCCAAGAAAAGGAGAGUACUGAGGCGUGCGACCAAAGGUGCAGCAUAUCGAAAAUUUCCAUCAACCCAGUCACAGAAUACAACAAGAGCUAUUCUCAGCAGUGCACCCUGAAGAGCGAGAAUGACUGCCUGAUCUCGUUCACUGUGGUAGCCAGCGACACGUUAACCAUGGCCCACAAUCUCCAGAUGUAUGAUUGCCCUGAGCCCCCCAACAUCCCUAUGAUUAUUCUGGGGGUCUCCCUCUCCAUUAUGUGCAUCGGCCUGAUUCUACUAGUUGUGUGGAAGCUGCUGGUAUCAGUCCACGAUCGUAGAGAGGUGGCCAAGUUUGAGGCUGAGAGAGCAAAGGCAAAAUGGCAGUCGGGAACCAACCCUCUGUUCAGAAGCUCAACGUCAACCUUCAAAAAUGUAACUUAUAAAAAUACAGGGAGAGAAAAGGUCAUUACGAUGAAUCACUACUGAUAAUAAAGGGACAGCAUGCUGUAGUGUGCAGGCAAUGCAAACCACCAUUUGAGUGCACUGGAUGGAUGUGGGUGUGUAUGUGGGAGUGUGUGUGCGUGUGUGUGUGUGUGUGUGUGUGUGUGUGUGUGUGUGUGUGUGUGUGUGUGUGUAUGUGAGUGUGUGUGUGUGUGUGUGUGUGUGAGAGAGAGAGAGAGAGAGAGAGAUGAACAUUGUGCAAAUCUCUGUGUUGUUCAGAGAUGUACUAAGAGUAGACAAUGCUGUGAAUGUCCAGAAAUUAAUGACAGGCAUACACUCUUGAUUGUUUUGCUGCUGUAAAUGUGUAUCAUUCACCUAGAUUUGUAAGGUGUAAAUGCACAGUUGAACACUGUAUUUUCCUGUUGCAUAUGAUCCAACAAGUUUUGAUUUAACAUAUGCAGCAUGGUGCAGCUUGAAAAGGUGGACUCUGCAGUAUGAGUUAUCUACUACUGAAAAAACAGGUUUUUUGAUUAAUGUAAAUAUAUAAAUCCCAUGAUUUUGAUUUUUUUU